GCAUUGCCGAGUCUCCCUUAAAAAAAUCAUUCUGCAUACAUAUUUCCUAAAUUUCAUUUUUGCUGCUUCAAACGGAUAAUACAAAAGACAAAGAACACUUUAGAGAUUAGGCAAACAAAACAAAAAAAGGAAAUUCAUAUCUUUAGCUGAAGCACGGUUUUUGUUUGCAACACUGUACGCAGUUCUAUUUAUAGUAGGAUUUUUGAAUUCGAAACAUUUUUACCAUAAACCUAUAAUUUUUUAGAAUUCUGUAAAAGUUCACAUUCCUUCAAAUUAAAAAUGUCAGUGUCAUUAAAGAAUUACUAGAACUCGCAGACCUAAUUUUAUCUCCGUGUUUUUUCAUUUUUGUUUAUUGUUGGAAAUGGGAAUAAAGUACACCGCGGAAGGAUCCAGGCUGGAGAAUUUUUGUAAGCCUGUAAAGUAUACCAACCCGAAGAUCUUGACUGGCAACUGGUUUGAAGAAAAGUGUGCUUACAAGAAAAAUAGAUACAGACAUUCCUCAGAGUAUCAGAAUGAAUUCAAACCGAAACCACUGACUACAUAUCCAAAAUCCAUCAUUUGGGACGCGAAAUUCAGCUCAGACUUUGGGAAUAUAACUGGUUAUGGAUUAAUGACCGAGAAAAAAUCUGAAUGGCAUCUGGAUGCGCCAGAUCCAAGGAUGACUAACGUGACUUCGCAUAAGUGCGACUUCGCUGCGCCAGAUGACAACUCCUACAAAUUCACUCGGUGGACACUACCAACACCUGUCAGAGGAAAGUACGGGCAGUAUUUCAGGCCUUUUGGUAUCGAUCAUCCCAGAACAGACAAGUAUGAUCCCAUCAAAACAGCAUGCGUCAAACAGUGCGAUGAAAAAUGUGCAUGUAUGGAAGUAAAGUUUUCUCAAUAACAGUUUGUUUGUUUCAAAUGAAA